AAGCACUCCAAUUUGUACAAAGUUGGUGUUGGUUKUCAUUGAUAUCUUGGAGGUUGGAAAAUGAAGGAACAUCGAACAAUGCUACGUCUUUUGUUUUUUGUCUCUCUUUAUUCCCUCCUCUUUGUAAUGGAKGCUGAUGGGAUCCGAACGUCCUGGUCGACAGCUCUUCAAAGAAUCGGGAAAAACAUCCUUUCACGCAGGAAUCMAAUUCAAAUUCUGAACACUGGCGCGACAGUUUCAUCCAUGUAUGUUGGCAGUGUCGGAAUCURRUGGAGAUCUGGGAUCAUCGCAGCAAUAAAUCAACUGGAACAAGGAAAGAAAGAAGAGGCCAUGGAGACACUGAAUAUCGCCAUCGCAACCCUGACCGUCUUUGACAUUACACAAGCAACGGUCCAGCCAAUCGCUUCAAAACUUAUCAAUCAACUAGUGAAACAUAAAGGACAAUUCCCUCAAACUUUCAACGCAAUGAGAAAUUACAACAAGGCCUUGGCGAAACGURCGAUCGUUGCAAGUGCAGAUGAUGCAGAUGACAUCAUAGACGGCGCAAAUUCCUUAAGAAAGCGAAUUGGAGAAUUUUUUGACACUGAAGUUACAGCAUUCAUGAAAAAUACCCAAGGAUAUAACGACCUCGUGAAGAGUCUCCAAAGCGCAAAGAAAUGGGCCAAAGCAGUGACUUGGUUAGACACAAUAAGUGGCCCUCUUUUCGACUCUGCGAACAUAGCGUUUUGUAGCUGGCAGCUACACAAUGCGAUUAAGGACACUGAAUCUCCACUAGAGGCCAAAGUUUUGAACAUUGCCAGUGCAUCGCUAGGAGUGGCGAGUGGGACGGUUGGAGUGGUGUCAUUCGUGGCGGGGGCAUUAGCUACAGCUGGAAGUACAUUGGCUGCAUUUGCAGGUCCUGUCGGUGGAAUAAUAGGGUGUGUACUUGGUCUUGCAUCUAUCAUCAUUGAUCUUGUCAACUCUAAUAACCCACAUGUUACCAUAAAGGAACACCUUGAAACAAUCCAAGCACUGAAAAWAGGUUCUCUGAAGUAUCUUGRAAAUAACGUUAACUUAACGCAGUCAAUGACAUCUUCGUUUUCACAAAAUGUUGGUUUUGAUACCGUUUACCAAGUCAACCAAGGAAAUUUGAUUGUGRCCAUGCGCACAGAUGCCUACAAAACCAUCARAGUACGCUACUUUGAUAUGGCGGCCAAAAGGAAAAGUCCCACUCGGUUAUGA